AUGAGUAUAGUAGGUGUAACAGCAGCUGAAAAAACAGAAACGUGGAUCAAUCAAUCAACCAAGUCUCUAGAAAGUAGACCAUCUAUAUAUAUAUAUAUCAGCUAUACAACUUCUUCUUAUUCUUCUAACACUAGUAACAUUUUGAUCCAAAGACCGAUGGAUUCGGAUUCCGAAAUCGCAUACGACUAUCCGAGAUAUAAAGUCUACAAGAAUGGCCGUAUCGAACGCCUCGUGACCGACACAUUCGUCCCACCUUCGCUAACCCCUGAUCAAAACGGCGUCGUUUCCAAAGACGCGGUCUAUUCACCGGAGAAAAACCUCUCUCUCCGUAUCUACCUCCCUCAUAAAGCUGGCCAAGAAGAGAAGAACAAGAACAAGAAGAAGCUCCCGCUCCUCGUCUACUUUCACGGCGGGGGUUUCAUAAUGGAAACCGCUUUCUCUCCCAUCUACCACACUUUCCUCCCGUCGGCCGUCUCAGCCGCCGGCUGCAUCGCCGUAUCGGUGGACUACCGCCGUGCCCCCGAGCAUCCGAUCCCCGUCCCGUACGAAGACUCGUGGGACGCGUUGAAAUGGGUGUUCGCUCACGUCUCCGGGUCUGGUCCGGAACGCUGGGUGAACGACCACGCGGACUUCGGGAGAGUGUUCCUCGCCGGGGACAGCGCCGGAGCCAACAUCGCGCAUCACAUGGCGAUGAGAUCCGGAGAAGAGAAGGGAGUAAGCUACGAGAUCUCGGGGAUGGCUCUGUUUCAUCCCUUCUUCUUUUCCAAGGCUCCGUUGGAGGAGGAGGAGGCUGAGGCGAUGAGGUACAUGCAAGGGAUGUGGGAGAUCGCGAGCCCGAACAGCGAGAUGGGAGUGGAGGAUCCGUGGGUUAACGUGGUCGGGUCGGAUAUAUCCGGGUUGGGGUGCGGGCGGGUUUUGGUUAUGGUGGCGGGGAACGAUGUGCUGGCGAGGGAAGGUUGGGGUUACGCGGAGAAGCUUGAGAAGAGUAGUGGGUGGGGAGGGAGAGUUGGAGUGAUAGAGACUAAGGACGAAGAUCACAUCUUCCAUAUCAAGAAUCCUGGUUCUGUUAAUACUCGUCUACUUGUACAGAGUUUUGCAGAGUUUCUUAAUAAAGACUGACACAAGUUGUCUGUACGUAGUGAAGAUGUUGAACUUAGAUAAAACACACACACACUGGUUGUAAAAUUGAAUAAACUUGUGUUGAUUGAUACAAUGUUAAAUGUGAUUCUAACACGUUUUUGCUUUUAAUA